AUGCCCACGACCUGGGUGAGGAGGAAGGAUGAUCUAAUCUUCCCUAAAAAAAGGCACCCCCGUCUCAUCUUCCCCAACCCUUAUCCCAACCUUCCCUUCCCUAUACCCACCUCAGAUGCUCAGCGGCAGCAGAAACCCUUGCACCAUGUCCCACCCGAUGAUUGCCACAGCGACAGCGACUCCUCGUCCUCCGUCGUUGACGACGGCAAUGAUUGUGUCAUAAUGUCGUCGUUUCAGAGUCUCUCCUUUGCCGUUCGAUCUCAACCUGCCGCUGCCCUCGAUGAUGGAUGA